AUGGUCUCCAUCUCCCUCCUCAACAUGCUCCUCAUGGCCGGCAGCAACGUGACGCGUGACGCCACGGUGGAUGCAGCCCCUUCCCUUCGCACCUGGCACGGUGGGCAUUUCUGGCAUGGCGGCGCCAAGGAGCUCGUCGAUCGUCAUUCUCUUCGCAAGCCGUGCGGCUACGAGCACAAGGUCAAUAAGAGCUUGCAGGCCGAGCUCAAGCCCUUGGUCGACCACUAUCACGCACUCCUCAGCACCGGCACCUCGCCAAGGCAGCACAAGCGCAAGCAAUUCCAGUCGUUUUUCACGUUGAGUGGGCCGAGUCAAAUUGGAGGAGUGCUCUCGCUGACAAAGUCUCGCACUCGGACAGGUCGUCUACGCGGACGAAAAGGGCAACGUGCCAGAGGAGCAACUAAGCAGACAGGUCGAUCAGCUCAACAGAGAUCGCGAGUCACCUGGAUCGUUGCGGACAUCUUGAGCUCAACGGCUGACUUUGCCAUCUCGCCCUUUGAAGUGAACCGCUACGGCUUUAGCUUUGCCUUCGAAAGGAUCACCCGUACGCAGAAUGCUCGAUGGGCUCAGCAGGAUGGCUUUACCGGAGCAGGUGGGAGCCAGAUUGUCACGGCCGCCAUGACCAGCCAGCUCUCAAUCAAUGCCUGCAAUAAGUUGCAAGUCUACAUGGAGCGCUUCGGACCUCUGGCCGCGGCUCAGCCGGGUCAAGAAUGCCAGUACUACACGGAGAGCGACUCCAUUCACUUGGACUAUCGCGGAUUACCAGGUGGUGGACUCUAUUGGAACAACGAGGGCAAGGUGCUCACGCACGAAGGUACUGCGGCGGCAGACACGACGGCAAUGUGA